CGUGUUCAACGUGACAAUCGUGUUCGAUGCGACGAUCGUGUUCGACGUGAAGACCGUCGAGCGAAAUGCGAUCACCGAGUCGGAGACGAUCGUCGAAUCGGAAACACUCGUCAAGACGGAGUCAAUCGCCGAGUCGAACACGAUCGCCGAGUCGAACACGAUCGUCGAGUCGAACACGAUCGUCGAGUCGAAACCGAUCGUCAAGUCGAAAUCGAUCGUCGAAACUGAUCGUUAAGUCGAGCACAACAGUCGAGUUCGAUGCACCGAUCAUGUUCGAYACGACGAUGGUCUUCGACUCRACGAUCGUGUUCGACUGGACGAUCGUGUUCGGCWCGACGACCUUUUUCGGUGGUCGUGUUCCACGUGGUAGUCGUGUUCGACGCAGUGGUCGUGUUCGACACGACGAUCGUGUCCGAAAYGACGUGACGAUCGUGUUCGGCACGAUGGUGRUGUUCGAGACCACGAYCGGUUUCGACUCGACGAUCGUGUUCGACUUGACGAUCGUGUUCGACACCACAAUCGUGUUCGACUCGAUGAUCGUGUUCGGCACGACGACCUUGUUAGGUGGUCGUGUUCCACGUGGUGGUCGUGUUCGACACGGCGGUCGUGUUCAGCACGACGAUCGUGUCCGAAAUGAUGUGACGGUCGUAUUCGGCACGACGGUGGUGUUCGAGACGACGAUCGGUUUCGACUCGACGAUCGUGUUCGACUCCAAGAUCGUGUUUGACACGACGAUCGUCUUCGACUCGACGAUCGUUUUUGGCACGACGACCUUGUUCAGUGGUCGUGUUCAACGUGGCGGUCGUGUUCGACGCGGCGGUCUUGUUCGACACGAUGAUCGUGUUCGACACGACGAUCGUGUCUGAAACGACGAUGAUUGUGUUCGGCACAACGGUGGU